AUGCGUUCUCUAGCCCUCGUUCUCACGAGCUUCAACCUCUUGCAAGUCGUCGUUCGCUGUCAAGAAUUAUCGGUCAUCCGGCACUCCGAUGGAGAUAUUUUUACCAUCGAAGGUUCUUGCACGGAGGCUUGCACAGUGCUUAGCAGCGGUACCGCCAGUCCUUUUUCACGGGGUUCCUCGAGUUUAAGUCUGCUUGUGCCAAACAGUUCCUGCACGUGCCAGUGCAACUUCGAUUUGCCUAUCUUUCGAGAGGAUCUUCACAUAUGCGUCAAUGACAUUCACGAAUGCAAUGUUGCUGGCUUUGUCAACAACAAUGGCAACGUGGAGAGAGUACCGUAUGUUUUUUUACCACAACGGGGCCAGAUAAUAUAUCCUCACGCGGAGAUUCGCUUCGAAGGUGUGACCACUCCUGUAUGCGGGAUUGCCGGUGCCAAGCAAUUGGGAAGAACGGGAUGGUCCGAGCUGAGGAAUCUCUCCGAUGCCGAGCCGCCCUUCAGAUUGUUCCGAGACGAAGGCAGGACGUUCCUCCAGUGGAUUGGCGAAGCUGGAUUAAGAGAUGCAGCAGAAGGACGAGUUGUGACAGCCAAGCUUGUCUGCAGAGACGCGUCACCGAAGUCAACAUUCUCUGGGGUUUUCACACCUUGCGUAGCCUUUAGAGUGGCCGGUUCACCGUCAAAAAACAGCAUACGAGAAGUAAUGUUCUCGUCGACGACCCAGGUGUCGCAUGGAUUAUCAGCUACGGAAUACACCGCCAUCGGUCUUUCCUCUGUCAUCUUGGCUCUCAUAUACAUAGCCAGCGUAUCGUUAUAUUUACACAGCAGAAGGGCAAAGACAAAAUCCAUCGAAGAAGCAGACAUCACUCUUGACGGCGGUCGAGACGGUGGUGGAUUGGUGAAGAGCAAUCCGUUGUUGACAGCCACGAGACAUUUCGAGAGCGACACUAAUAGUGGACUCACCGAGAGUGAUUUAGGCGAAGAUCUUCCCGCGAGCGAUAAUGAGCAAGGUUUCGAAAAUCAAAUAACAUCGGCGAUCAUUCAUCCGCAUUGCGUGUAUCUGGAGCAAUCAGAAGGGCCUUUCCCCGUUGGUUCCAUUCUUGGUGAGAGGUUACCGGAAGAGGAUGUACGGGUCGUGGAGACGGCUGAAAAUCCGCAUCAGCAAGAUGUACCGGUUCUUCCAGGUGCUCAACGGAGAAAAUUGUACUUCAAUCCCGCAUACUUCGAUCGACAGCUAUUGCUGGCCCCACCUCCGGCUGCCAUCGAGUUCCUGCUCAAAAUUCGAGAAGUCAUCUCCAUUGCCAAGCACAAGAUGGCUGCAAAAAGAUUUGUUCCUAUUCUCAAUGGUAUUCCGGAAGAGGAGAACAGUUCCGAACGAUGCGAAUCAGCAAAAUCAAGCAAGCUUCAACAGAGAACGACCCCAAGUUCCGUCCAGGGCGGCUCGGUCACCAAAUCACGCAAGUCCCAACGGUGCACCGGAUGUCCCGGUUGCAGCGAGUCUCCUCAGCUGCUUCCCGCCCUUCCUGUUCCUGAUUCGCCCAGCCAUGGUGAAAGCAAAGUGCGCGCCUGGUUAGAAGACGUGCGACCACCGCAGCGUCGUUGGAGAGACGCCGAAGAUACGCGUAGGAAUUUCCAAGAGAACGCCCGAACGUUUGCUAGAAAUCUAGAGUACCUGAAGGAGUUGGCCAGACGCGAUUUUGGUGAUCCGGACGAUCGUGCGAAUUUAGUCGGUAAAUCGAUGUCAUCAUGGAAAGACAAUCCACCGAUGCUGAGGACCUUCCAGAAUAUCACCGCCAGGAGUGAGAUUCUGGAGAACGACGAUCGCUACAGCGUAUCCAGACGAUCGACCAGGUCCAUGUUCGAGAGAUCCGAGUACGAUCGUUGCGGCCGUGGCAAGCGGGCAAAUAAUAGACCGUUCCAUUACACUGCCGGUAAUGAUGCAAUAAAUGCGAAAGUCCGCAAGGCUAUUGAGAAUUCAUUUAUCAAGCAGAUGGAGGAGAGCGCGGUCAUAGAGAGCGAGUCGAAAGAGAGCGUGAAAGACGAUAGGAACAGCAAGAGCGAGGACGAGUCGGCAAAAACGGAGAGAUCAUCCAGCAAUACGGACAAAUCGGAGGAAUCACGAUCUCAGCAAUCGCAGAGCAACCCCGCGCCGAAACGAUCGAGAAAGUCGAAGGCGCCAUGCGUGCCAUCAUUGAAGAAGAAAGAACUCCCAGAUAUGAUUAACGAGUUACCCGGUGCAAAGAACACUGCAAAACGUAUUAUGGACGCUGUGAUACGCGAGAUGGUAGACGUGAAGGCGUUGGAUCAUCAUCACACCAGAUCUUCUAAUCAUACCACGAUGAUCAGCGAUUACGAGGUGGACAGUCUGGAACGUUCUAAGUGUAAUCGGAAAUCAUCGACGUCGCCGGAUCAGUCAUCGACGGAUAACCAAUCGAGUCCGGCCUUAUCCACGGCUUUGCCAAUGGACGAGGAGUUAACGAUGCAAAAUGCCGUGAUCAACACGCGUACCGGCGAAAUGACGAUGUCGAAGCUCAGCAAUCAGGUUCUCGAGAGAAAUUGUUACAAUAGUCUGCCAGAGCUGAUCAGCAGCCAGCGGUUAGAGACGUACUCGUUGGUGAGUGAAGUCUACGUGAACGAUGAUUAUGCCAGCCCAACCUGCAGUGACGACAGUGGUCCGGAAAUCCAAUACGAGCCGGAGAAUCCGGGUCAUCUGACCAUCAAGGUCCAGGACUCUCCAGAAAACUACGUGAAGCUUGACGAGUCUGAAUACGAGCCAGACACGUUGGAUCGAAAGCCGAUGAAGCUGCGGAUCAACGACGACAUGCAGUACAACCGAGGGGAAAUUGCCAACGAGAUUUAUGUGGAUUCGUUGGAGCGACCGCCUCAGAUCCUUCUCAAGAGCAGGGGUAGUUUCCGUGACGAGAAUUCCACGCUACAACGCAGCCCCAACAGUUUACGGGAGAUCUACGAGGCGAGGAUAAAGUCGGGUAUGAAGGACCCGCAAUUGACGAAUGGUUAUGAUCCUGAAUUGCAAAUUAAUGGCGAGCCCGAUGACGCUGCCACAUGGAAAAAGUGCAAGUACCUGACGCCAGACAGCAGACAAGCAAAGAGACAACGGCAACCACACAAUCAGCCGGACGUGGUGCCAUUGCCACCCACGGAAGAGGAGAUCUACCAGCGACCGAAGCCACCGCGACGUGUCGAAAACGCGAGACUUCCGCCAUUAUCUCCAUCAAAAAACGCCUGGGACGGGAGUCCUGUCGGAGCGGGUGACCCUACAACCAGUAACGGCGCUCCUGUCCCGAAAGUUGACGGAUACCAUGUAGGGAACGAAACCUGCCUCUGCUCAUCGCAGACUCAAGUCGACGUCGUGAAGUAUGAGGUUCACAAUAAGAAACAUCGCGAAGACAACGUUCUCUUAACAGGAACAACGUUCUUCAGUGAGAGAACAGGCGAAUGUACCGUGACGAAUGGUUGCAGGGACUGCCCGUGCGAGACGCGCAUCGAAAUCGAAGUUCCUGAAAACAGGUAUAGGUUCUAUGAACAUAUCGAUUCCAACAAGGAAGAAGUCUCUGUGCGAGAAACAAAGGUAGUGAGAGAGAAACGAUCGAUCACUGGCUCCUCUCAUCACAGAAGUUCCGGAAGAAAUUCAAGAACACGAUCGUGGAGCGUUGAGCGUCGUCGGGAAGAUAAGGAUAAACUUCUCAACAACAGCAGGGCGCAGAACGGCUCCAAAACAAGACAAUUGAUGAAAGGUCUCUCGAAGAGCUGUGAUUCCAACUCAAACAUGCUGCCGUUGAUGGACAAUCGACGUGGUCAUACGAAGGUUGAGGACAGUGGCUACCUUAGUAGCACAGACAGUAAUGGUUCGCACAAACGAUUGCUGAAGCACGAGGUAAGUAGUGUGUCUGAGGAGACUGACGAGACUGAAUCUAUGUGUGAUGGCGCUAGCGAGAGCGGUGCCGAGAGCGUCGGCACCGACAGCGUGUUUUUCGGCAAUUUUCGCAGACUGUCAGAAAUCUCCAAGAGCGCUGAUUCCGGUGUGGAUCUUGGAGCGAAGAAUUCGUCAUAUUACCAGCCGAUAUUCGAUGCGAAGAGUGAGACCACGGUGGUUUUGGAGAGAGCGAAUUUCAGUAGUGACAGUGAAACCGAGAGUCUUGUUACUAUAUUGCCUCCUUGUAACGGUCAAUGCAACAAAUUGGUAUCGUAA